UUAUUAAACAUCUUGCCUCAUUGCUUCAUUUUAUUCUCCACGUUUUUUCAAUCCCGUCAAGAGAACGGGAAUCGUUUUUCGCCUGGUUAGAUCCCGCUAAUCGUGUGUAUCGUCUCACCGUCGUUGGGCGGUUUCGACUCGUUCCGUGACACAAUACGUAUAAGACUUACAUACUUACUAAUUUACUUGGCGCGCUUGCCCAGCAGAAUGGACCUCGAUUCAACUGGUUCAACUUCAGGCGGCCAAGUAACGCUACACGGCCGCAAAUCCGUUCCUUACGGCCAAGCAUGCACCAACUGUUCCAAAGCCAAGUGCAAGUGUAUUAACCGCGGCGUCCUGGGCUCUAUCUGCGAGCGCUGCCAGCGUUUAGGCAAACAAUGUGUGCCAUCUGUUAGCGUGCGGAAGCGUGCCGUUCGGCGCCCCGCCGCCGAAAGGACGGCACAUCUCGAGGAGAAGCUCGACGACCUUGUUUCCAUACUCCGGGCUCAGGCUGCUGGCACGCCACCGACCGGGGCCUAUAGGGCUGGCGCUAGCGAUGAUCUGCCUGACCCCGGCAUUGAUCCCGACGCGAAUGCCGGUCCUGCUAUGGAGUUGGACCCGACCAUAGGGGUAGUGCCGGUCCCGGGUGAUAAGGCUGCGUCUAACACCCAACCGCUGCCGCUGCCCCCACCCGUUGAAGCCGCCUUUUGUACGAGAUUCACGAGUAUGAACUCGUACCCUACCCCUCCGUCUAUCGCCUCGUCUCAGGAUGGUGGUCCCUCUCCCGUCGAGGCCGAAGAGAUCUUGCGGGUAUUCCAAGAUCGAUUCCUCCCGUUCUUCCCGUUCGUAUAUAUACCGCCUGAAACUACUGUCGCACAAUUACAACAGGAAAGACCUCUCUUAUGGCUGACGAUAGCAUGUACUUGUUCCAAAUCACAGGAAAGGAAAGCAGCCUACAGCCAGAAAAUUAGAGAGUAUCUAGCACAGAAGAUGAUGAUAGAUCUUGAUCGAAAUAUUGAUUUGUUACUUGGGGUUGUAUGUUAUCUCGGCUGGGGCAUGCACCAUUUCACCGGCAAGCCAUAUAUCAAUGCUUAUAUAAACAUGGCUGUUACAAUUGUCGCCGAUCUUCGUCUCGACAAGCCGCCCCAGGAUAACUUUUAUAGAGAGCUACAUUGCUUCAAACCUACCUACGGCUACCCAAAGGUACUCUCCACUCAUCGAACGAAUGAAGAGAGGAGAGCUACCCUGGCCUGUUUCAUUCUUUGCUCGGGCAUAUCAAACUUUUUAAGAACCCAGACUAUGCGAUGGACACCUCACAUGGAAGACUCGCUUCAGAAACUUGCCGCAUCACCAGAAACUCCAAAUGACGAGCUUCUCGUUGUGAUGGUAAGGACAUACAGGAUCCAGGAAGACAUCGCGCAGAUAACCUGGCGCGCUGCCGACCAUUCCGGAAACUCGAACUCGGUGAAGGCGCCCCCUUUCAUCUACGUCAAGGCCUUGCGCGCAAACCUAGAGGCUAUAAAAGAAGAGCUCCCGGCUUCCCUUAAAGACAACAAAGUCGUCCUCUCGCACCUCUACGCCGCCGAAAUCGCCAUCGCCGACAUGUCCCUCUGGAACGUAAACCCCUGGCUAACAGCCCACCCGCCACGUCCCGCGCCCAUAAGCGGCAGCAGCGGCAACGGCAUCGACGUCGGGAAACUCGACGCCUACUACUCCAGCCUGCAAGCCUCGAAAGCGAGUCUAGAAAACUUCCUCUCCUUCGCACCAGGCGAAUACAUGUGUCUCUCCAUGUCGCUAACCCUGCACUUCGGCCGCGCCACACAGACGGUGUACCGCCUGAUGGUCGUCGACGACCCGGAGUGGGACCGGAAUAUCGUCAAAGCGGCUAUCGAUCUCAUGAGCGUCAUGGAACGCACCGCGAAUCGCUUCUUGCAGGUCCCCCAGAUUUGCGGCAUUGAGACGAGUGAUGAUCCAGAGAUGUUGGAUUAUUAUACGAAGGCGGCGAAUGCGCUCAGGGCUACGAUCCCGAGCUGGACGGCAACGCUGGAACAGUUGGGGUGUGUAUCCUCUGCGACUGCGACGGCGGUCGCGGCGGCGAGUACGCCGGUGUCUGGGGCGGGAGCGGGGGCGGAGACGAUGUUUCCGCCUGGAACGGCGAUUCCGGAGUUGUCGUCUAUGGAGUGGUUGGAUGAUCCGUGGUUGACGGAUAUGCUGAGGUCGUGGGAGGGGAGUUAGUUGGGAGACUGACUAAGUAACUGGCUGGUACUGGUU